UGUGCUCAAAGGUUACCUGACCUGACAUAACGCAUUACGAGAUAUAUUUCGCCAUUCCAUGUGUUUACUGCCAAUGAAAAUAAACAUUUAACGGAUCUUAAAUUAAUAGUUCUAUGUGUUAUAUAAAAUUGACGUCUUUCUUAUUUGCUUAAAGAAAUAAAUCAACACUUCCUGUUAUUUAUAGUGCAAAGAUAAUAAAUAAUUUUUCAUGGCUUUAUUUUACUUCUGUGUUCGUAAAACUCAAUACUCCAUAGCUUACGGGAUUACGUUUGGUUUCAUAUAAAAUAUGAAAUGCAUUCCGAUGCUUUUAGAUAGAACAGGUAAUUCUGCCAGACCGGUGUUCAAGUUCUGGAUUCUGCCUUUGCAAAGGGUUACGCUAUAUGACAGCGAUACAUAAGGUUGUGUUAUUUCAUAUUUUGUCGUACGUUUGGAUUUAAUUAAAAAUUUUGAAUCUGAUUUUAGACUGAUUUGAAAUAUGUGAAAUAACUAGUGGAUACUAGCAGACAAAUUUUAUGGCAAAGCAAUUAUGUCACAGAAACGGUUUACCGGUGCAAAAAUAGUUUUGUUAGGAAGUUCUGGUGUGGGAAAAACUGCUUUUGCUGUGCGAUACAUUACAAAGAGAUAUAUCGGAGAUUAUGAUCGAGACAAAGAGAUGUUAUAUACCCACAAACUGCAGACAGCAAGAGACGAGGUCACACUUGAGAUUCUCGAUACAGCAUCACAGCCAUCCAGAGAGAAUCUAGAGAAACACAUCAAAUGGGGCGAUGGAUUUAUACUUUUAUACUCUUUAACAGAGAAGUCCAGUUUGACCUAUUUAGACAGUGUCAAAGACGCUAUAGAGAAGAACAAAGGUCGUGAAUGUCCGCUUGUGCUAGUUGCAAACAAGUCUGAUCUUAUGUCAGCGAGGGAAAUAGCAGACGAUGAGUGCAAUGAAACUGGAGAACGCUUCGAUUGUCAAAAAUUUGAAAUAUCUGUAGCAGACGGCAGUCAAGGUGUAUUCGAGGUCAUGGAUGAAAUAUUGUGUCAGUUAAAGAGGGAGUAUAUAAAAAAUUUAAAUUCUGGGAACGUAUCACCAACAGACGGUAAAGCGAAGUCAAAACUUUAUAGUAUGAAAAAAGCAUUCAAGAAAAGGAUCAAUAGAAGCCACAGUGAUACAUUUUGAAAGAGUAAAAGCCGCUUUUGCAAAAGCAAUUCUAAAAUCACCGUCUUAAGGCUGACAUUCUGCCUUCUGACUUUUUACAUUAACAAAGAAGAAAUAUGUCGAAUUAUCAAAUAAUAACAAAGCAAUACAACAUGAAGUUAUAUGUAUUGUAUUGUCAGACUUGUGUUAUUAUAUUCAUGUAUACAAUUGUGUUAAUUGUAUUUAUUACAAUAUAAAUUCUGUUAAAGAGGUGGACAAUAGCUUUUACCAUGUCUUGUUGCACUUGUCGAACAAUGAUGCCAUAAAAUGAUGCGACAGAAGUGACAAAAUUUUAAUUUAUUUAUCACUGAAAGUUCGUUUCUUCUCUUUAAGGUUGUCUAUAAUCAGCAUAAAAACACGAACACUAUAAUGCUGUAUGAAGACAAAUGCUUGAAGUAUUGCAAAAAAAAAAACAAACAACAACAUUACAAUGAGUGUCGACCUACAUAUUCUUAUGUGAUAUAAUUUACAGUCUUGAUUAAACACAACAGUUAAGUACCAAAAUGACAAUUCAUGAUCAUUUUGCCAUAACAGUAACUGUUCGAACUGUCAUAACUAGUUUAUUACAGAAGUUGAUCUGGGAUGUUGUAUUCGGCUCAAGUUGUUGUCAACUAGGGUCACUCAAGGCGCGCAUGCCUCGAGUGUGAUUUGGUCUGGUAAGAAAAUGACUGUUAUAAUUAGCCUUUAUAAUUUUCCACCACCACUCUUUUAGUUUUCAUUUUAGCAAAUAAUGAUUAUAAACUACUCUGAAACAAAGAACUAAUUAUUUACCGAUAAAAUUGGUCCAAACACAGUCAAAACACGGAAUCAGAUUUCCACCUUUUGCUUUCUGUCACCUUUUAUUCAUUUAUGAGGUACAAGCAUAUAUUUUACAGAAUAGUUAUAGAUUUAUAAUAUAUUGUAUAUUUGUACAGCAUAUCUUCGAUUCAGAUGAAUAUAUUUAUACUAAUCAUAACGACGCAAAGUGAAUAAAGGCAAAAGAGAGAAAAAAACGACGGAGUUAUUGAUGUAUUUUGCCUGUAUAACUUGUAAAAUAAACAUGUACUGUUUACAUACUGGUUCAAACUGAAACUGUAAUGGCUCACCAAUACCUGUGUGAUAUAUAGCUGACAUGUGGAUGGAAUAACCCUUGUAAAGUAACACAAAAGUGUGGCUGCCAUAAAAGGUCUAAAGCGCUUUAUGUAAAAUUGUUGUUCACAAUGCAUAUCGGCGAUACUUUGUUCUGGUUAUCGCAGUAUCACAGCUGAAUUGCAUUAUUUAUAAUGGGUGUGAAAGUGUGUGGGGGGCUCGAUUCCAAUCUCUGGAUGUUCUUUUUUAAAUGUUUUGUUUCAACCUUGAGUGCAAAGUCUUAUUUAUAUUUUUACUCGACACUCUUUUAUGUGGUAUUUUAAUUCAUGUAAAACACUGUUUAUGUGAUGAAGUAUUUGUUCUGUAUAUUAUUGUUAUGCGCUGUUUUCACUUUGCUGAUUGUAUCGAUCAUACAAUAUGAUUUAUAAUUUGUUUAGUUUAUGUUUUUUUUUUGUUUUUAUUAUUUCUACAUCCUCAAACUCAAAUAUUAUUCAUACUUAAAAUAAAAUAUUGCUUGGUAAGAAUGCAUAUGACAACUAACCUGUUUUAAUUCCCCAGUUCAUUAUGUUUCCUUAUUUAUUUGUUUUGUGCUACAUUUGUGUAUUUUCUUCUUUAUCUAUUUAUCUUUGUAUAUAUACAUCAUACAUAUAUAGAUGUAUGUUUUUGCUUUAAGUUUGGAGUAUGGGCGACACAUUAGUGUGGUAAGUCCUGCUUGUUUUUUAGAUCUUUUAUAAUAAAUCGUGCCUUACCGCUUGGCAGACAGUUAAUUUUGUCGUCGGACUUCUCUUAUGCAUAAAGUUCAUAUAAUGUAAAAUAUACUGAAUAUUUAAAUUGCUUAGAUUAACUUCUAUAUUUUUCUUCAAAGCAAUUUGCCUUAUUUCAAGCUUAAUAAAUCUAUCUAUCUAUCUUUC